UGUGUCUGAUACACAACGCAUAUAGUGUCUCUUCUUUCUAAAUUUAUUGAAAUAUCACUGAAUUCAAUUGAUUAAUUAUUUUGGAAAGCUCUGCUAUGGGUUUAGAGAUUUUAUUACGCUAAAUAAACGUCUGUGGAAGUGAAAACAAUUAAGGUUAUCUCUCCGUCUUAUAUAGCUAUUUUAGGUGUGUUUCAGUAAAUCGGAAGAUCUAGAAACUAGGCGUUUUUCUCGAAAACGGUAUCCCUAGAAGUGAUGUCUGAAUGAAUUUCUCAAGGUUUCUAGACAUUCAGUCAUGGUGGGAAGUGCCCAGCAUUGCAUACUUUUGUUCCUUGUUCAGGACUGCCUUCAAUCUUCUGGAUUUUGACAUCGAAGAAUUGGAAGAGGCUCUUCUUACAGAUGGCACCGAGGAGUCAGCCAGCUCGCUCUUGACAGAACUUAUAGUGCGACUGUUGAACGGUUGCUUAGGCAACAAUGAUAUCUCGGCUUUUAAUUAUCAGAUGUAUUUGAGGCGUUUGUUCAGGCAAAAAUGUCAAGACACCGGAAGAUUCAACCCCUUCAAUACUGACAUUGACUUUCAGUUCCUUCCUCUCCGCACCAAAGUGGAGAUAUUGUACGCAUUAUGUGACUUUCGCCUAGACGCUGAAGAUGUAUUUGAUUUAUUUAAGAACCUUGAAGCUGAGAGUUUACGAGUUGAGCCUCUAGGAUGGGAUGACAGGCAAUCAGCUUAUUGGUACUUCUAUGGGACAAGAUUGUAUCGGGAAGAUACAAUAAGGAGGAGAAGCCGAAAGAGAAGGCGAGACAGUAGAAAACGCGGGUGGUUUUACGGCGAUGAUUGGCUUGAUGACGAAGAACCAGAGAGAGUGUGGCAGGUUGUGUGCUUUACUGAGGAUGAUUGGAACCACCUGACAGAGAAAUUCAGCAGGGCCACUAGUAAAGUUGAAAAGGAAUUGCACCGCUCGCUGUCACAAAACUUUCUACCAGAAAUACCCAGACUGUUUCAGGAGAAGGAGCGCUUACAAAGGAAAAGGCUAUUAGAGUUAGCGCCGCGCCGUACUUCAAGCCGCGUGCUGCAGAAGAUCAAGCAGAAAGAGGAGGAGUCCAAACACAGCUCGUAUGACUCCAAGGACGAAGACAGUAAGGAGAGCCCAUCUGUGGCCCGAGAGAACCGAGCUAGGCGACGGAAUCAACUGAGAUCAAAAUCGGCGUCACCCGUUACUUCGGUAAGUUCCGGUAGCAGACAAGAAAUGCCACAGAAAGUAACGAAGCGGUCUAAAGCGAAGGCCAGGAGGUUAAGGAACUCCUCGUCUACUCAAAAAGGCGAACCUCCACCAGAACCUGUAGUGAAGACCGGCAGGAAGACUAAUAACUCCCUGUCAGCUGCCACAGGGCAAAUAGUGAUACCGGACAACGAUGAACCGGUUAACAGCACGCGGAAAAAACUUAAAACAUCACAAAUAUUCAGUCAAACUGAAGAAGAUGUACAAACAGAUAUGUACAAAGUUCUGGAACAGCUUACAGCUCACGAAGACGCCUGGCCGUUUGUUGACCCUGUAGAAGAGGAAUAUGCGCCAAAUUACUAUGCUGUUAUUCGGCGGCCUAUGGACCUUACUAAAAUGGAACGACGCCUCGACAGUAGAUUCUAUACCGACUUCUCCAUGUUUAAGGCUGAUUUCAAACUGAUUGUAAACAAUUGCCGACUUUACAACGGCCAAGAUAACGAGUACACUACGAUGGUUGAUAACCUACAAGCCGCUUUUGAUCGUCUUACGGAGAAAUAUAUUCAUCGUCUUUCCUCAUCGGAUGAAGAAAUUGCUGUGGAAUACCAACUACCUACACCAUCCAGAAAACAUAAGUUGAAAAGCAGCGAGUCUCCUUCACGGCACAAGCGAAAGAAAAGGAGAUCUAAUUCGGAUACAGGAGAAACAAAAUCUAGUUCAUCGGAAAAGAAAGAAAAAGCAGAAGAAGAACGGAAAGAUGAUCAUGUUGAGGAUGAGAUUAAUGAAAUCGACGUCAAGAAAAGUAAGGAAUCUCAUAAAAGUAGACAUGGAAAAGAAGGCAGGAAAAAACGAAAGGGGCACAAACGUGGCAAACAUUCCAAAAAUCACAGGAAGAAAUCUAAUCACGAAUCAAAGAGACGUAGCAAAAAACAUGGGAAGAAUAAAGAUAAGGAAGGCAAGAAAUCAAAACAGAAGAAGAAGAAAAGCAAGCAUCAUGAUGUAGAGCCAGUUGAGGUGUUACAGAGGAGUGCAUCGCAAGAGUCGUUAGAAAGCUCUAACAGAAGUAGAAGUGCCAGCCCCUUGCCCUCCAUACACACCCUCUCACCAACUCCCUCGCCCACGGAACUUGAUAAACCUAAGGAAGGAAAACCUCGUGCCAAGAUACAUUUUCUUAGGGAUAAAUUUGAUAAAAUUAAAGAAAGAAGACGACACGCAGCAAGAACAGCUUGGGAGUCUUUAUUCGUUUUUAAAGAUUUGGACGAUGACGAAGACGAGGACGAAGACGACGACGAGGAGGAGGAGGAGGAGGAUGAGGAAGAAACUGAAGAAACACGUGGAAAAGAGAAAAAGGAGAAAAACCAAAAGCUACGAGAAACAAUUGAAAAGCUGAAGGCUAAAAAUGAAAAAUAUAAAGGCACUUCACUUUUCAACACCCUGUUUACACCAGUAGGAUCUGAAAAUGGAUCCCAUUCUAGAGACUACAAAGGUUCCAGUAAAGACGAAGAAACCACAGAGUUCUCUGAAGAAGAAACUAUCGAAAAUGUAAAAGAAAAACCUGUUGUUAAGAAAGGUAAAAAGAGUUCAGCUAAAAAUGCAUCUGCCUCUGAGGCAUUAGAACAAGCUGUUAAAGAUAUAAGCAAAUGGCUGGACGAUGCUCCUAAACAUACUGUAGUCAGUACUCCUGGCGUCAGUCCUGCUCAAACAAUCUCAACCGAAGAACAUGACAACAGUCGCUUAGAUGAUGAAGCGUCACUAGGAGAGAAACCAACAGUUUCUCGAAAAGAAUUAUGUCGAAAACGGACUUCUUCACGAGAACCUAAAUUGGUAAAAAGAAGAGAAAUUCAACGGACCAUUGAGAGACUACAGCCUGGAAAAAGUAAAGGUAAUUUAUUGACGAAUAUAAGUAAUAAGAAUACAGAAAAAGCGGAAGAGGUUUCGUGUCUAGGAACUAAUGUUCGCGAUUCGAAAAAAGAAGAAAGUAGCCCAAAACUGAGUCUGGGUUCCGUAUUAGCUACUGUAGAAUUUACACUGGGUGUUGAUCAUAGUUUUAAUGAUGAGACAACUAAGAGGGAGCUUCGAAAAGAAACCAUAAAAAGUAUUGUACCUAAAGAAGUGAAAUCUGCCGAGACACAGGUUGAAAGUAAACCUGAAGAAAAAGUUGUCCCAACUAAAAAAGAUGCUGAAGUGGAAACCGAUCCACCUAUGGUAAUGGUGCCAAGCCAAGAAAAAGCAACUCCGAACUUGAGCGCAUGGUUUAAAGCCUUUGGUGCACCGAAAACUUCAAAUACUGCAACUACUAAGAAAAAAGCCGGAGAAAUUGAAUCUGAAGAUAAAGCAACAGACAAAGACAAGCCAGACAGCAACACAAAAACAAAAAGUCCAAAGAGUACCGCAGUUAAAUAUGACUCUCCUAAUGAUCUGAACUCACCAAUUCCAGAUGGUGGUGACAGUCCUAUUCCAAGUGUUACGGCAACUCCACGCCAACGCAGAACUAGUACUGGAAGUUCUGUUUCAGAAAGAUCUUCAUUUAGCCAAGAUUUGGAUUCUCCAAGACAUCAAAUGUCUCACACUUCACCUCUAAUACAGUCGCCUGCAUCGCCGAGAACAGAUGACUUUCAGAAAAUAACAUAUCCCAUUAUCAAUGGCACGGUUCGUGCUGGCUUCUAUCAUGAUACUACUUCUGUUAGAAGUAGUCCUGAGAAAAGUUGUAGCCCGAGAGAUGCACCACAAUCUCCAUACUCUCCUUAUUCUCCCCACGUCUACGCUUCUAACAGCAAUGCAGGAGCAGCUACUCCAAACUACUUUGUUGAUCACAACAAAAGCCCGUUGCCAACAUAUGGUCAAAAUGCUCCACCGUAUUAUGAUACCUCUAAAGCUCCUUUAGUUAGCAAGCCUCCAAAAGUUCACGAAGAUUAUACAUCUCUUAGUCCCGACUCGUUUCAGCAAAAUCACUUUAACGGUCCAUUCUCUCCUUCACCGGCGCCAUAUCCACCUGCACAGACUAAUUAUUCUCAGCCACAAAUAUCCCCCCAACCUGGCAUGUCAACCUCACAGCCUGUGAGUUCUGUCCAAAUUGUAACAGAUCCAAAAACAUCAGUGUUUCCAGUCAAGAAAAGAACAUACAAUGAACCCGAAAUUCCAAUAGCUCCUAAGAUCAUACCUGAUAAGGAGACUAUUCUAACUUCACCGAAUAAAAAUGAUUACACCAAAAACACUUCUUCACAUUCUGGCCAAAGUACGCCGGCAACCUCAGUGGAUAAUAUCGCCCUGGCCCUAAGUGAGAAAUCAGAAACUUUGAAAUUAAAUUCAUUACGCGAAAAAACCAUUACUCUUGAUUACACAGAGCGGCAUACCUCUGAAAACAGAGAUAAUAAUUCAUUUGACAACAAUGGCAUAACGCGCAGUGACAAGAACGAAAUUACCCAUAUUGAUCUGACCAAACCUACCACUGGCACAAAUCAAGAUAAUAUAGAUAUGGUAAACAUGGGCUACAUGAAUCUGGAAGAUAGGAGAAAUAAUGUUGAGUCCCAUGAUGUGGAAUUUGUGAGCAAGGAACUCAAACCAAAUAUGGCUCCACAGCAUAAAGGUUAUGAAAUAGAAGCGAUCGCAAUAAAUCUUGGAAUAAACAGCCAACAGUUACCAAAACUGUUAAGUAAACCUUUAGCUGGGCCUAACAUGACCCCAGCUCAUACUCAUGAAAGACCACAUAAUGAGAUAACAGCAAAUCAAGUUAUACCACAUGCACAUCACAAUCAAUAUGAUUCAAUGCCGCCAACUGGCCAGCCCAUAAACUCAUUUUCGUUAAAUGAUAUUGAAAUGGCGAACAAAAAACUAUAUGCCAGUAACAACGAUACUUCAUCAACCGCCCUUGAUUAUGGCAAUUGGAAGAUAAAUCAAAUUCGAAAACCUGAAAUUUUGCCAUCUGACUAUUCUGCUAAUAGUUACUCUGCUAAUAAUGAAGACAAAUUAAAAACUUCUGAUACUUCCAUUACGAGUGCUAUUAACUACAAUAAAAAUGUUCAACAAUACGCUAAUUAUAAUAAUGCACCUAGAUCAAGUUCUCAACGAAAUCAAGAUGUACAACAAAAUCUACCAGCUGAACUAAGAAUUCCUAACCCUAGAGGGCUUUUAAAGCCUGAAGCGAUGAACACAACAUCAGUCAAUGAUUGUGACAGCCACUCAAAGAAUAUGGAUGCUCAUGCAAAAUUGCAGAAAGCUGAAAAACUUUUGCAAAAUCAUACCAUAGUAUCAGCAAUACCAUACAAAACACCAUACAGCAGCCAUUCUGCUCUGCCAAUAGAAACCUUAAGGAAUUUGCCUAACAUACCACAGAUGUUGGAAAGAUACACUGAUGAUAGAUAUUUAUCGAGUUUCGCAAACAGCUCAACUUCAUUGUAUCAUGACAAAACAUUUCAAAUGGCACAAAUGUUUAAUAAAAAUAUAACUUCCGAAGCUCAUCACCCCCCGAGCACAUCUGUCAGUAUGUUCUCACAACCAAGUAUCGGUGCAAUGAGUAAAGAUAAUAAUAUUUACAAAAGUGGAGUAAGUAUUGCUAGUACACAGAUGGAUAUUAAAAAGAACAAGAGAAAGAGGACUUCAGAGUCCAAGCAGUCGACUGGACAAGUCGGACAGACCUAUCAUACACAAAAUUGCAACACUGAUGUUCUGGCCUCCGUUAAAACUAGUAUGAUCCCAACGAGCCCCUUUAACUUUAGUAGUUCCGCAAACAUGGCUCUGGGUGGCAUGUACGCCGACAACGGUAGUUUUACGAUCGAGGACUUCAGAAACAGCACUAAUCAACUUAUGGCCGCCAACUACAUGGCGGCGGCAGUGGCUCACCAGCAAAGAAGUAAUGAGGCAGCGGCUGAGAAACUGGCGAAACCAGCGCAUCAGAGUUCGAACCACCAGAGCACUAGCUCGUUCCCAUUCAUUGGCCAUUCACAAGUACGAGCCGGUUAUCCGUUUGUAGGUGCGGAGCCGUCGUCGCCUUUGUACCAACAGUAUUUGCAGCGGUAUCAAGAGGAGCUACAGCGGCAGACAGGAGCUCAGAUCAUGGGGCUGUACCCAUCUGCCUACUCGACACCGCUAGGCGUUCGCCAACCUUACGAUUCCAUUAAUCGACCUUCCUGGCUUUAAAUGUAAUCCCUUACAUCCCAAUGAUGAUUAUGCACGUAGUAAAAUUUUCAAUACAUUUGCUCGUAAAAUGGCUCGAAUGUCACACUUGUCACAACUUAAAGUUGACUAUGAAGGAAAUAAUUUUUUAGUUUAAUGCGCUAUCAGACUUACUAAAGGCUGAAAGGAUAAAGGGUAGUUUUGGAUGGCUUUUACAUACAAAUGUAUUGAAUUCUAUGUAUAAAUAACAUGUGUGCAUUCCCAGUUUCCCUUUUGAGUAGUAGUAUAAUAAAUAUUAUUAUCGAUGUGACAACUCAUAUAGGAAAAAUGUAAUUUAUGUUGUUUGUAGAACUAUUAUAAUAGCAUAUUUGUGAAAAUAAUACUUAAUCAAAUUUCAUUCUAUGGAGUAAUAACCUAUGAUUUUAUUAUGAUAUAGUGAUGACAUCGUUAUUCGCCUGUGAUGACAGAAGCACACUUGUGUUGACUCAUUAAAAAUUAUUAGUUCUAAGAAAUAAUUUUAUUUUCCUGUUUCUUAAGAUGUUUGCGAUCAAACGGCAACUAAAUCUUGUCUUUUGUCUACUUAUGCCUACAGUAAGUAUUAAAGAUAUCUUUGAUUCUCUGUGUUAAUGUUUAUAUAGCUAAGCUAUUUAGAAAAUGUCAUAAUCAAUUUGAUGUUAAAAAAAAAGUAGUGCAGGUCAUGCAAUAUAUAUAUAAAUAAUUUAUAUAUAUAAACAUUUUUUUUAUUUGGACAAAAGUUUUUCAGAUGAUUUCGAUUGAAAGUUAUUAUUUAACGGAAAUUAU